AUGGCAAACAUUGAAGCAGACCACGUCGAAGAGAUCUCAGACGAGGCUCGGACAACUUCGCAAGUCAAGGGUGGGAGCAUCGGCAAAGAUGAGGAUUAUGAAGAUGCGAUCCCAGCCAACGAAUAUCCCCAUAUAGCUCACCCCGAACCGUCGCCAUUCGAGAGUUGGAUCCCUGGCGGAUACAGUCAAUCCAGAAUGCUAAGGUUCAAAAAUCCCUCGACGAUGUACAGGGUACUCAACCUCUUUGCUGGCACUGCGAUUUGCUUCUACGGGUAUGACCAGGGUGUUAUGUCAAUGGUCAACCUCAAUCCUGAUUACCAGAAGCUCAUGGGCAUCUUCCCUCUUGAAGGUACGCUACCAAUGUCAUGGCUUACUGGGCAUAUUCUCAUACCAAGUUUAGGGAGUUCUAGGAACACGGCUGCGGAGGGUGGUAUCGUUGCUGUAUACUAUGGUGGCACGAUGAUUGGAGCACUCAUGGCAGGAUAUUUGGCCGAUCGAUGCGGACGUAUUAAAGCUAUUAUCUUUGGCUGCUUAUGGACCAUUCUGGGCGCUGCACUGCAGGCAUCGGCCUAUAAUAUCACGUGGAUGUGUUUUGGGCGUGUUCUUGCUGGCAUUGGAGUUGGGUCUAUCGACUGUGUUAUUCCGGUUUGGUCAGCGGAGGUCAGCAGCCACUCGGCUCGAGGAGCGUUUUUAGCUCUGGAGUUUGUCAUGAAUAUCGGAGGUCUGGCGAUGGCCUACUGGGUUGAAUACUUUGCCUCCUUGAACCCAAACGAAUCCAUGGCUUGGCGAACACCACUAGCCUUGCAAUUGGUAUUCAUUCUCAUUAUCGGAGCAGGUGUUAAUUUCUUCCCAGAGUCCCCUCGUUGGUUAAUGAAGAUGGGACGGCACGAAGAAGCGCGAGAUAUUCUGAAAGCCACACGAUCUGGGGAUAUUGAAGUGGAAGCCAGUCAAAUCAUGCAGGCUGUGCAGUACGAGCUGAAGGUGUCGUCGGCUAACGAAUACCUGGCCAUGGUUUUUCCCAGGGAUAAGUAUACCCGAACGCUGCGAUGGCGAGUCUUCCUCGCUGUCUGGUUGCAAAUUAUGCAGCAGCUUGUUGGCAUUGGAGUAGUCACUGUUUAUGCGGUUGAUCUGUUCUCCACGGCAGGAUUCAAUAAAAAUCUGUCGAAGCUCCUGGCCGGUUUUAACAAUAUUAGCUAUAUGUUUUCAGUCUUUUUCGCGGUCAUCACCCUGGAUCACUAUGGACGCCGGCAAACCAUGGUCUGGGGAGCUGUAGUCAUGGGCCUUACCCUACUGGUGGCCGGUAUUCUGGAUAUGUAUGCCCAGGAGGCCGGACCAAGCCAAAGAAAAUUCGGAGCUGGUGUCGCAGCGAUGACCUUCUUCUACACAGCCACGUUUGGCGCCACCUGGCUAACCACGCCGUGGCUUUAUCCAACAGAGAUUUUCCCACUCACCGUGCGUGCCAAGGGAGGCGCGUGGUCUGUAGUUGGAUGGUCAAUCGGAAAUGGCGUGGUGACAAUGAUUACCCCUUUCCUCUUCCAGGCCAUUGGAUAUGGUACGCUUCUACUACUAUGCGGGCUGAAUUUUUUCGUCAUCCCGUUUCUGCUCAUACUUUACCCGGAAACAGCCGGUCGAAGCCUCGAGCAGAUGGAUGUCUUCUUUGACAACGCAGAUACUUGGAAUGUGUUCGCGGCCAGUAAAACAGUUCGCGAGAAAGGCAUUGAUGAUUGGCAGUGGGCAAAGAAGGUUUCUACGAGAGAUACUACUGUGGGUGGAUAGAUAGCUACAUAGGCUGAUCGUCAAGCAUGUUUCAGCCGGAUGGACCGAGCGCGA